AUGAGUUUACCAGAAGCAGAAUUGCAACGCUUAUCAUUGCAGAGAGUACCAUCUAGCGCAUCAUCAAACGUCAGCGUUAAGCAUGGGUACGUCGAUGAGCCAUUCUCCGGUAAAAAGGAACAAUUUGACGAAGUUUUAGAUAUUUUGGAUAGCACUGGAUUCAUUCCAGAAUCGUUGAUAGAGGCAGAAGCCAAGUGGUUCUAUGAAUCACUAGGAAUUGAUGAUGUAUUUUUUGCAAAGGAGUCAGCGAGUGGAAUUGCGGGCCACAUUCACUCUUUGUACGCUUGUAAGAUUCAAGCAUACUGGGGUGAAAUUGGCGAUUCACCUUUAAUUCAGUACAAACGAGAAACUGAAGAUCAUUCAGUGUUUUUUGAUACUUCGAUUCCCGGAACAGAAUCUUAUAAUAGAAACAGAUUUGAGGAAAGAAUUGACGAUAAACAUAUCGAUCCCUCUUCUUCUGCGUCUAAUAGUUAUAGGUGUGAAAGUUUCUGUGCUCCAUUGAAUUACAGUAAAGAUCCUUUAUUGUCAGGUAUUUAUCAAAAGAACCCCAAUGUAAAGGAUCAAAUUGUCAGAUGUCACUUCGUUUAUAAAAACAAAUAUAAAGAUAUUGCCGUGUCAUCCAAUGAAACUGAUAUUGAAAAAAUCGGUGACUUGACCUUUUUGAAAAUAGCCUCGAACAACACUAAGCUGUUGUAUACUGAGAUCAUCAAGAAUGUUAUCAAUACGACAGGCCCAGUAAUCAGGCAUUUCAACAUUGAAGAUAUUGAAGAAUAUAGGGUUGUCAUAGGGUUCAGACAGAAAACCUCUGCCAGAUAUAACUCUGCUUUAAGUGACUUGGCAAAUUACUACAAGCUACAAUCUACCAGGAAGUAUGUCGAGCAAUUUUCCAAUGGCGUUACAAUAAUUUCAAUGUACGUGACUCCACUUCAAAAGAAGACUCCAAUCGAUUUAUCGAUUUAUCAAGUCAUCAAGGAGGCGUCUUUAUUAUAUUGUAUUCCACACAGCUUUUUUCACGAUCGAUUCAUAAAGGGAGAACUUUCCUUACAAGAAAGUAUUUAUGCCCAGUGUGGUGUUAUUUUCGUCACUCAUUUUCUCAACAGAUUAGGACCAGAAUACACUAAGUUAUCUUCUUUAUUAGACCCUUCGAAGUCCACUCAACAUGCAGAAGUAUUAAGUAGUUUAAAGAAGAGGUUAAGGGCAGAAACUUAUACUCAAACUUACAUUCAGCAGGUAUUUAAUAGCAAAAGUGAAAUUGUUAGAAAAUUAUACCGUCAAUUUGCAGAUAUCCAUUACAUUCGAUCUUCCAUAGAAAAAACUUUGUCCUAUCAAAGAUUGUCGCAGAUAACUCCUGUUGGAUCUGAAAGUGAUUUCGAAGAAUUAUUGAAUAGGGAAUGUUCACAAAAUGAAUCUCAUGCGAUUGUUUUGAGGGCGCUCUACGUCUUUAACAAAUCGAUCUUGAAGACAAACUUUUAUGUCUCGACUAAGGUCGCUCUCCUGUUUAGGUUGGAUCCAUCCUUCUUGCCUUCUUCAGAAUACCCAGAAAGACCAUUUGGAAUGUUUUUUGUAGUAGGAAGUGACUUUAGAGGUUUUCACAUUAGAUUUAGGGAUAUUGCUAGAGGUGGAAUUAGAAUAGUUAGAUCAAGGUCAGUGGAUGCUUAUAAUGUUAAUGCUAGAAAUUUGUUCGAUGAGAACUAUAAUUUGGCUAGCACUCAACAGAGAAAGAAUAAGGAUAUUCCAGAAGGUGGCUCCAAGGGAGUAAUUUUGUUGGACCCGGGUCUUGCACAGGAAAGCCCCAAAGCAUGUUUUCAAAAGUAUAUCGAUUCCUUAAUGGAUCUUUUAUUGAAGCAACAUAUUUCUGGUGUCAAAGAAGCUUAUGUUGAUCUUUACGGACACAACGAAAUCUUGUUUAUGGGCCCCGAUGAAGGAACCGCAGGAUACGUUGAUUGGGCCACUAUACAUGCAAGAUCUAGAGGGGCACCUUGGUGGAGGUCAUUCUUAACUGGAAAGAGUCCAGAAAUUGGUGGUAUACCCCAUGAUGAAUAUGGGAUGACUACUUUGUCAGUUAGGGCUUAUGUGAACAAGAUUUAUGAAAAAUUAAAUAUCGACAAUGCUAAGAUUCGAAAAGUUCAAACUGGUGGGCCCGAUGGUGAUUUAGGUUCCAAUGAGAUAUUGUUGUCACGGGAUGAAAAAUACGUUGCAAUUGUUGACGGAUCAGGAGUUCUUGCCGAUCCAAAUGGAUUGAAUAAGCCUGAUUUGUUACGUUUAGCUAAAAGUAGAUCGAUGAUUUCAAGUUACGAUAGGACAAAAUUAUCUAAGGAUGGUUUCGUAGUCCUUGUCGAUGAUAUAGAUGUCAAAUUACCUAAUGGAAAACUUAUUACGAGUGGAGUUGUAUUCAGGAACUUGUUUCAUUUGAAAUUGAAAGAGAUAUUUGGAUCGCAUGGCGUCGAUUUAUUUGUUCCUUGUGGAGGUAGACCGGGAGCUAUAGAUACGAAUAACGUUCAUGAGUUAAUCGAUGAAAAAACAGGUAAGUCUAUCAUACCCUACUUUGUCGAAGGUGCCAACUUAUUCAUUACACAAUCUGCAAAAUUGAUAUUGGAAAAAGCAGGAACUAUCAUGUUUAAAGAUGCUUCCACUAAUAAGGGAGGAGUUACAUCUUCUUCCUUAGAAGUUUUGGCUGCUUUAUCUUUUGAUGACAAAGGAUUUAUGUCUAACAUGUGCGUAGAUGCACAGACUGGUAGUAAGCCGAAAUUUUACGAGGAAUAUGUCAAGGAAGUGCAGAGGGUAAUUGUCAAAAAUGCGCAGUUAGAGUUUGAAGUAUUGUGGAGGUUGAGAGAAGAAUUGAAGUUACCAAUUACCGAAUUAUCAGACAAACUAUCUGUAACUAUCAAUAAGUUAGCAGAUGAGUUGGCCAACUCAAAUGAGUUAUGGAGCGAUGAUAUUCUGUUCCGAAAUGCAGUUUUAAUUGAUUCUUUGCCGUCAGUUUUAUUAAGUUUUAUUGGAAUUGACAACAUAUUAGAGAGAGUUCCUGAAUCCUACUUAAGAGCAUUAUUUGCGACACAUUUAGCGUCUGGUUUUGUUUAUUCCCGUGGUAUUGAUUCAAAUCCUGCAAAAUUCUUAGAGUAUAUUUCAUCCAUAAAAAGAACCUAUCUGAAAGAGGGGUUACUUAAAUAG